UGCACUUCUUUUUUAUUGGCAACUCCUCCAACUUUCUCUUUUUACUUCAGGUACGUAACAAUGUCAUCAUUACUGUUUCAGCAAGUCAAUUUAAAGCGACAAGUAGAAUAUUUUAGUUUGUGUGGAUUUUGAUGCCCCCUUGUGGACAAAAUAUGUAGUACGGUAGAGCGCUGGUGAUUGUUGAAAGUCUGUUUUUGGAUCAAGUUGAUGUUAAUGCUUGGUUCCUGUCAUUCUUCAGGAGUUUCAUCUUAGUUCAACAUGAACUCUGGCUUAAUGCUUGACCAGUUUUCACAUAUGAGACCACCGACUUUCUCUGAGAGAGAGCAGCAUUGCUACAGAGCAGAGGUCAGUCUGUCACUGUGGGCAUUCUUAUAAAUGCACAUACGUGUACAAAAAUAUUAUUCACACUUUAAUCUGAAUGUGCCCUGCAGAAAAUGCUCCUGAGGCAGUUUGUCCUCUUGAAGCUAGAGGAUAAAGUUCCUGAUUGUUUGAGUAUUGAAGACAUGAAGCAGAGGGUGCUGAGAGGAAGGAGCUUCAUCGAUGAGUGAGUUUGAUACUGAGGGAAAAGAUCACACUUAAUAAAUGCAUAAAUGAGACAAUAAAUCACAAGAAUUUCUUUUUCUCAUCGCAGGUCCCAAGAAAUGGCAAAAAGAAUGCAGGCAAGAGAGCUACACUUGGCUGAACAGGUAAACACAACAAACUGACUGAUUCACACAUCAUAAAAGUAAAACUAAAUGAAGUAAUAGAUAAGUGAUAAAAGGAUUUUGCUCUAGGUGUUUUAGAACAGCUUACAAAAAGUUAAAGAGGUGUACAAACUUAGCUAUACCAAGCUUGAAACUGAGCUAUACAGAGGAUGAGUUCACAGUCAGCCACUCUGACACUGAUAGUAAGAUACAGGUCUGUAAAAUAAAACGUUACCUGUCCCUGUUGAUCAGUCCUGGUCUCUGUGUGCAGGCCUGGAGCUCAGCGAGGAAGUUCUGUGUCGAUCAGAUGGAGUGGGAGAUUGUGGUGGACUUGAAGACAGAGAAACGUCUCUCACAGCUGCUCGGAAGGAAGGUACAUAUCAAAUCUUACAUUUUAGGGCCUGUUUCCACUGACAGCAUUUUUUUUUUUUUUUUUUUUUUCACCAGGCAUGUGUAUUUUCUAAACAAACCAGUGCAGCUUUUUUUGUUCGGAGCUCAGAGUUGUAAAUGCAAGAACACUUGUGGCAUAAACUGUUUCUCUCACUGCUGUACUCAUCAAUAUCUCUUCUCCCUAACUGACCAAUCAAAAUCAAGAAGGGGCGGGGCUUCUGAUAUAAACUUUAUCAACAAAAAUGGCAAAGCAGAAACUAACAAGACUCAUCUUUUGAGGGUUAUAUUUUUCCAGACGAAGACCUGCUGAUCUUGCCUAAAAAAGAUUAUUUUCCCUUGAUUUUACAUUUCUUUAGCAAAAUUACCUUAAACUAAAAAAAUUACUAAGCAUGCAGAACAAAUUUAAACAGAGAUAAGAUUCUUACACACCAGGGCCACCGCAAAUAUAGAACGUGAAAUCACGAAAUAUUCGGAGGCAAAUUUUGACGCGCCUGACUAUACACAUCAAGCCCGAUGCGAUUUUGUGACUUUCCGGGGGGAAAAAAGACGCAUCCUGGGGAAGACUUUUGCCCCAGAAAGUCCCACCUCCUUCACGUCUGAUUGACUUGAAAAACUGGAAACAUCAUUACAUGCUCAAGCAAAACGGUCAGCACUUAUAGCCAAUCAGAGGCGAUAAGAUAAGCCCAUGAAACUAUGGUAACAACCGUUAGCAUAUGUUUGCACAGAUGAAAGUUCAAACAAAGACGUUUAGCGAACUGUCCUUCAGGUCGUUAUCUUUGUAAUAUUUGUGUCUUUUAUCAAAAAGCACUCUGUUCUCUGACACGUAAACAAUCAGCCGGUCGGCCAUGUUGGAUAUACCGGUGAAUCUGACGUCGCAACAACACGCAAUCAGAUUGGUCAGAAGUGAAGACACACAGUAUGCGAAACUUUAAAAAAACAACAGUGAGCCGAAAAAAUAAAUGCCGCAAUAUCGCAGGAUGGGAAAACGUCGCUGAUGUGAAUGCUUGAAUUGACAGGAUACGUGUUCAAAGAAACAUAUUGACGUCUGAAAUAAUCGCACGACAAAAAUGGUCCCGGUGUGAAAGGACCUUGAACAGUCACAACCCAAGAGAAGAACUGCUGUAAGAUGACUUUCGUACCCUAACGACAGUAAUCAGUCAGUCAACAGAAUGAGAAAUGCUCUGAAACUGUGGGUGCUGCCAGCACAAGAUAUGCUGUUAGUGGACAUAGACCCUUACAUCUUUUAGUCACUCACUUCUCUCCUUCUUUUCCUCCCUUUUUUGUCUUUAUGAAGGUAACACUGGAGGGCCUUCAAAUGUAUCUGCCAAUCAUCCGCUCCAAAGCAGAGCAGGAGGUUCGAAACUGCCUCCUCCAGCUGUCCAGCAAGUUGCCCGACUUCUUUGUCUGCCCCGACACUGGAACACGCUACAAACCAGGGCUAGUAUCAGAGUUGCAGAGAAAGACCCGGCCUUUAGCUCCUCAGGUGGUGCAGACAGCUCUGGACAUCCUUCUGAGUAAAACACAUCUCCAUGUGGAGGUCACAGACCCCCCAAGCCGGGCAAACAUCAAGAUCAAAGACUCAGAUCUGAAACUCAGGAUUGAAUCUUCCUGUACUCUGAUUGGCCGACUGUUGGCAGAUGCAGCAGCAUCCUGUUUCUGUUUAAACUCUUUCUUCUUUAGAGAUCGUCUGCAGCACUUCUGCACAUCAGAGAGCAAAAACAUGGUCACGGCAGUUUAUAAAAGAUUCACAGAGCGCUCCAAAAGCUUCUUUCUGCUGGACUUUGACGAGAGUUUCCACGUAGCGAGAAAGACAGUCCUCAAUAUCACACUGGACAUGAUGGGGGACAGACUGGGAGCUGCAUACCACUGGGAACAACAUCAGCGAUCGACAGAGGAAGAAGUGGAGGUGACAUAAGAUCUGAUCUCAGUUUGAACUCAGCGUAGAGGUAUAAAAGUGUUGAUAACUUAAAUUUCCUGAUCUAACGUUUCAGACUCCAGAGGUUCAUCAUGUGGCUGAAGAAAAUACUGGUUAGUUUGUUACGACAAACCAUAAUUAAGUUAAGACUAUUUUGAUCAAUCUGCUGAAACUUUAUACUUUUUUUCUUGAGAUGAAAGACAGGUGGAAGAGAGGAGAGGAGUGAGGGCUUUCUUCAGGCAAGAUGACCCGUAG